UGGUGGAGGGAGUUUUACGGUGAUGGUGGGGAGUGGAGCAGUGGGGCAGCAAGUGCAGCAAGAAGACUGUUGUUUUCUGUUUUGAUAAUAACAUGUAAAUCAGCCUUAAGUUUGUCAAUUAUGGUCAAUUAAAGCUGAAUUAGUUUCGAGUUUUAAUGUUGUAUUUUGACACCUGAGCUCAGGUGGCUGCAGCUGCCAUGGUCGAUCCCCAUGUUUUGGCACGAGCUGAUGAACUCUCCCUUCAAAUCAAUCGUUUACAUGUCAGUUACCUCCAAGAAGAUGAAAGUCCUCUAAAAAUUGAGCAGAGAACUAAACUAGAAAAUUUCAUCAGGAAAUAUCUGUGCUUGAUUGCACAUGGUCGUAAAUUUAUAUUUCCAGAAACUGCAGAAGUUUUACGAUGCAGUGUUGCAAUGAAAAACAACUUUAGUGCAUAUCGAGCUUCUACAGCUUGGAAUGCUAUUGCAAGAUAUGCAGCAAAUUUGGUUGCACAACCAUGGCGCAAAGAGUUUAAAGUAAUAAAGACAUUUUCGGGAUUCUACAUUCAUGACAUAGAGGAAAAUUUGGUUGGUGCUGAACGUUUACUGGAUUGUAUGGGUUAUAGGAGAGUUGACCACUCCUCCUUGGUGUUAGAACAACCCAUCGACUUGGAUAAUGUCAUCAAUGUUUCAAGAGAUGCCAUUGUUGCAUUUGUUGAAUGUCAGGUCAUGAAAGAAAUAUGGGAAGGAGUGUAUCCUCAAUUUGAAUGCAGCUGGCUUGAAAUUCUCAAUUUCCGAGAAAGUCAUAUAUGUUCUCCUGAAAGUGCCAUCAAAAGCUUGUCUUAUAUUUAUCACCAAAAUUGCUUCCAUCAGCAACAGCAACAACAAAUAAUGGCUCCAAUUUUGCAUGAUGCAUACUCCACUGCAAAUCGGAUUCAUCCUCAUUCUCCUCAGUCGAGUUGUUUGUAUGGCCAGGCUGUCUCUCCUCAAAUGCCUUAUUAUGGUUAUUCAUCCUACCCAUCGUGCCCUGUACCUCCUCAACCUAGAUAUGCUUGUGUUGUAAAUCCUCCGAUGAUGUACCCCAUGUCACCUGUAGGCUACCACCAUGUUAAGUCACCAAUUGCACCAGCCAAUGGAUACCAUUACCAGCACUCAAAUCAAAUUUUGCCUUCAAGUUCUGCACAUAAUGGAUAUAUGGUUCCUCAAACUUCAACCUUGGCAUCCAGUUACAAUUGUGUUGUUCCUACUGGACAGUUAAUUGAAUUGGAUAGUAGUACGUCUGUGGGUCCAUCAUCACGAGUUUGUCGUCAGUCAACAUCACUUGUAGAUGAUUUGAAGAGUCCCGAGUUAAGGAAUGGUGCAGCUGGAGAGAGAUCGAGCAAUCUGUAUUGUGAAGGGGUAUUAUCCAAACGGGAGUCUCCUACAACUGUUAGAUCAGAGAACAAAACAUCAAGACCAAAUACUUUUGAUGACUUAAAACCUAGAAGAAAUGGAAUGCACAUUGAGGUUGGUGAUGAAUCUUGCUCCCAUGCUGAAAAAUUUGGAGUGGGUAAACAGCCUCAAAGACAAGGAGCAAGAAAAGCUAAUGCACCCACUGCACCCAUGCAGGAUGGAACAGGGACAUGGGAGAGUUGGGAUUACGUGUACCGUAAUCUUGAGAGUCAAGGAUACAACAAAGAUGUGGGAGAACGUGGUGAUAUUCUUCACAGUUCAACGUUCCCACGACGAGGCAGUGUUGGAAGUGCUGGAAGCUCUCCUAAUGUAAAUGGGACGGUGGCUCGCAAUAGCCGCAAUGUAAGAGACACUGAAGUUUCUGCUAACAUAGAACAGUCUUCACAUUUAUCACAUCUAAGUGAUGGUAUUCAAGCAAUGAGAUUAAAUUGUGAAAAUUCCACAUAUGGGAGGAGUGUAGAUGCUGUAGACUCAAGAAGUGCUGUCAGAGAUAGCAAGAAAGAAAAAAUUGGGACCAAAGGCUCUAGUGCAGCCCCCAAAACAGUACCAAGGGAUCAGAAAAGGGAAAUAAAUGUCCUCUCAUCGACUGUGAAGAAAAGCCAUGAAAAUAGGGUUGAAGAUGAGGCUAGCAGUUUUUGGGAAUGUUUGUUUUGCACAUACCACAACAAGAAUGGAACGUGUGUUUGUGAUAUGUGUGGAAAGUCACGACAACCGGGAAAUGAAGAAAAACCACUGAUAAGUGGCGGACGAGAAUGCCCUAAAUGCACAUUAGUAAACGCUCGAGGUGUUGUGUCUUGUGAGGCAUGUCAUGAAAGUCUUAAAAAUUCACCAACUUACAUAUAGAACUGAACAGAGGAAAACUGUGAUUUUCCCCCUCUUUUUCAUUUGAAGUUUUCUCUUUUCUUAAAUAUGAAAAUAUACUUUGAAUUGUUUGUUGAUGCAGCAGGAAACCUUAAUUUUUGUAGUGAAAACCAUUGUUGGAGCUCAAUAGAUCAGUAGAAACUGGAAUCUUUGGAUAUUGAGUUUCUACACCAUUUUUGUUGAUAAAUAUAACAUGUUUUUUGUACAUAGGAUUCUAUGUUUUUUAAAGUUAGUAUCUUUGGAAAUUACAAAUUAUUUCUGUUAAUGGUUUUCUGUUCAUUUCAAAGUUUAUCAAAAGUUACUGCUUGCUUUUUUUUUCAUGCAAUUUCAAUUGUAUUGACCAGGUUCUUGUGCCCUAACAGAAAAAGUGACAGAUUAUUUUUAUUAGAUACAUAGUAAGCAUAUCUUGUAAUUUAAAAAGAUAAUGUGAUAUAAAAUUUUGAUAAGCCAACUGUUCCUUAAUAAUUUGUUCAACCAAGAGGUUCUAGAGUACCCUGGUAAAAUAUCAAAUUUUGCUAGAAGCUUACUGUGUUGGAAAUCAAUGCUGUGCAAUGUAUUACGUUUUCUUUCUGACUUAUUUGUAUAACCUAGUCAGUCUCUCUCUUUGUUUAAUAUAAGCGGUGUUUUUUUUUGGCGUUUUUAAACAAAGUUAUUAUUUUUUUCGUUCUUGUUUUGUGCUUGUAUAUGCCAGUAUCUAAUGCUUUAAUUACAGUUUUAACUGGUUAUUACAUUGAAUAACCAAUUUUUUUUUUAGAAUGGGCCAGCAUUAACGAACGUGUAAAUAGACAUGUACAGUUAAAACUAUUGUACACAAUUGAAAAAGCAAUUAUUUAUUUUUAGCAUAAACACAAAAUAGUAAGUUGUCUUUUUGUUCAAUCCUAAAUGUUUGUAGGUAUGGUUUUAUUAUACUCUCAACUGUGACAACACCACUAGCUAGGAUGCAAAUGUUAUCUAUGUGUAUGGUUCAAAAUGUUUGUUGUACCAUAGGUCGGAAGCUGUGAUAUGAAUUUUUAUUGAUGUAAGUUUGGGAGACAGUUGGUAAAUAUUCUGAGUUUUAAAAGGUAAGGUCUCUCAACGGAUCUGCAGGGUGUAUAGAUGUGUUCUGAAAUAAUGCUGCAGGCUCAAUAGCAAGGGUGACUAACUGUACUUUGUGCACCUCGUUAGCCAGAUCUGCUAUUGCAAACAGAAGUAAAUGAAGCAGGGGUGCAUAGAAAACUUCAUAUAUUGAUCUAACAAUUGCCAUUUGUAUAAAGUCAUCUUCUAGUGAAAACAGCGAGCUGACUAACAAUCUGUGUGUGCUCCUCACUUCCAUGUACCCACCUGCCCCACCACUAUGCAUUAUGGUGCCUUCUUUCUCAUAUUGUGAAUCAGUUAUGGCGUACUCUCAUAGCUGCUAACUUUGCCAACAAAACCAUGUUCUUUGUUGAUUUUUUAAAGUGUAUUAAAGGUACAUACCGCUAUCCAAUACAAAUGGAAUUCUUUCAGCUUAACAGCUCAAGUUUUAAUACUGUGUUAUGACUUGAAUAAAUCUAUGGUGUUUUGUUGUGAUUA